GAUUCCGCUGAUAGAUAUCUAGCCUGAUAUAUACGUGAUAUCUAUGAGUCCAGUAGUCGCAAGUACAAGUAUUUCACAUACGCAAUUACGCGAAAUAGUGACACCAAGUGGUAGAGCGGAAGGGGGCAGCUUCCCGUGAAGAAACGCGCUAAAACGCUAUUCCGGUUGCAGAAGGGGAAGCAUGGCAUCCAACAGCGACAUGGCUAAUGCAAAUGGACGAGAGAAUGGAGAGCCGGUGGUGAAGCGACCGCGAGAGAACGUCACGCCAGAGUCUCCGUUGCGUUCUCAGAAGGAGCCGGCGAACAAAGUGACCGUGGUGCUCGGAGCUCAAUGGGGGGACGAGGGCAAAGGAAAAGUUGUGGACUUGCUCGCAAUGGAUGCGGAUAUCGUAUGCAGGUGUCAGGGGGGCAACAAUGCGGGUCACACUGUGGUUGUGGACUCUGUAGAGUACGACUUCCACCUGCUGCCCAGUGGUGUACUCAACAAGAAGGCUACAUCCUUUAUAGGCAAUGGAGUGGUCAUACACCUCCCAGGGCUAUUUGCAGAGGCGCAAUCUAACUUGAAGAAAGGCAAAGGAUUGCAAGGAUGGGAAGACCGACUAAAGAUUUCUGAUCGUGCUCAUAUUGUGUUCAACUUCCAUCAGGCUGUCGAUGGUAUUCAAGAGCAGCAGCGGCAACAGCAAGAAGGGAAAAACUUGGGAACAACCAAAAAGGGUAUAGGUCCAGCUUACUCCUCCAAAGCUGCUCGGAAUGGCCUGCGAGUCUGUGACCUUGUCUCAGAUUUUAAAGUCUUUGAGGACAAGUUCCGCAUGCUAGCAGAGCAUUUUCUGGCAAUGUAUCCAAACCUCAAUGUGGACAUUGAAGGUGAACUGAAGCAGCUGAAGGGAUAUGCUGAGCGACUGCGCCCUCUGGUGACAGACGGUGUGUACUUCAUGCACAAAGCGCUCACUGGCCCCAGUAAGAAGAUCCUGGUGGAGGGAGCAAACGCUGCACUGCUUGAUAUUGACUUUGGCACAUAUCCCUUUGUGACGUCAUCUAAUUGCACCGUUGGAGGAGUGUGCACCGGGCUUGGCGUGCCCCCAUCUCACGUUGGGAGAGUGUACGGCGUCGUCAAAGCCUACACCACCCGCGUGGGUGUCGGCGCUUUCCCAACAGAACAGGAUAAUGAGACAGGGGCACUUUUACAAACGCGAGGUCACGAGGUCGGCGUGACAACAGGCAGAAAGCGACGCUGCGGCUGGCUAGACUUGAUACUAGUCCGAUACGCUCACAUGGUCAACGGCUUCUCGGCCAUCGCCUUGACCAAACUGGAUAUUUUAGACACGCUGGAAGAGAUCAAAGUGGGAGUGGCUUAUAACGUUGACGGGGAGCCUCUCCCAAGUUUCCCAGCAAACAUGGAUGUUCUGACGCGUGUCACCGUGGAAUACAAGACCUUUCCUGGGUGGUGCCGCAGCACUGAGGCGGCCCGCAGCUUUGCCGAACUACCGUCACAGGCGCAGGACUACAUUCGCUUCAUCGAGGAUUUCCUUCAAGUGCCAGUGAAAUGGGUUGGAGUGGGAAAGUCCAGAGAAAGCAUGAUCAAACUUUACUGAUCAGUGGACACAUUCUGCUGUCUUGCACACUUGCAGCUGAGAAAACGUCACUUUGCCAAUCAUUUUUGAUGUAAACUCCAUUUUAAUGGGAAUAAUUCACCAGCAAGGAUCUUUGUGAAACAUUUCUGCCUCGCAGGUAGCAACAAUCCUUUACUUGUUCAUUCCGGCUGAUGUUUUCUGUGUUUUUAGGGGUUCAACUUUUACAUUUUGGUCUUUACUGUUCACUCAUUCCUUUACACACUUUCUGUUUUAGACUUUGACACUUAUGAAGCAUUAUUAAGCUGUCUCUACCGUUUAACAUUUCUUUCCACAUAUUUACAGUGGUGUUAAUAUUACAAGGCCAAAGGUCUGUUUCACUCGUUUGUGAAUGUGAUGGCUCAUGUGACUAGUGUGCUUUAGAAAACCAGCCUUAAUACAAAGAAAAAAAAAAACGUUCAGGCAAGCCUUUCCAUGGCAACUGUUUUAACACAAAUGAAGAAUUUGGUCUAAUUGUAAAAUAUACAUAAAAUAGUUCAUAGUUUUCCUAUGACAUUUUAUUCCCCAUGUCCUUGCAAAAGUUGUGGCUUUCUGUCAUCAAUAAACGGAAACUUCACAA